AUGAAGACCGAAGACGACUCUUCCGACCUCGUAUCUACCGUGCCUCCCGUUCCAGCCUCCGAGUCCGAUCCCGCCGCGCGCCUGGGCCCUUCCGGCGCUGCUGCCGACUCCGAUCUCACCGGCCUCUCAGCCACGAACCUCACAGGCCCCUCCACCUCGCCCACCAGGCCCUCCCAGUCUAAGCGGACCGUCUGCGAUCACUGCAGGAGACGAAGAAUCCGUUGUGAUGGCCAACUUCCGUGCCAACAGUGUCUCAAUGCCAGCUUGACCUGCAAGCGGGAUCAUGUUCCCAGGAAGCGUGGCCCCAAGAGGGGCCAUGGCCGUGUCAUCAAUGAGUUGAGAGCGCGGGAAAAGGAAAGGGACAGCAGGGACAACAGUGCAGAACCGGAAGUCUCAGGGCCCCGUAUCGGCUAUCCGUCAACAGCACUGCCACAGGAUGUCUCAUGGCGGAACAACGCCUCAGAUCCUCGCAAUGGGCCAGAACCAAGGAGCAUGUUCACGUCAGACCAGCACCAACCUCUCCACCGGCCCUUCCUGCACCUUGUGCCGCAAUGUGUCGAGCUUUACUAUGAACACAUAUAUCCCAUCAUGCCCGUCCUCUACAUGCCCGCUAUCCGUUCUAUGAUUGCAAGGCAGAUGACGCCGUCCGAAAAGAACCUCAUCUAUGCCCUGUGUGCCCUGGUGAGCAUGCACAUGUCCGGAAAGAGCCUCAGCUUUGACGGUCCAGCGUCGUGGGAAGACGCUGGUCGCUUCUUCCUGGACGAGUGCGUUUCCAACCGGCAGUCCUAUGAUUUCAUGGAAGAUGCAUCACUGAACGCCGUUAUAUCAUCAUUUUGGUUAUCGACUUCUUUCUUCGAGAUAAACCAGAAUCGGAAGUCAUGGCUGUAUUUGAGAGAAGCACUCACUCUGGCUCAGGACAUGGGGCUACAUGAUGAUUCAACAUACGUUAGCUUAUCGCCUCAGGAGGCUUUGUGCCGGCAACGAGUUUUCUGGAUAUUAUUUGUAACUGAAAGAUCUUUCGCCAUCUUGCGCAACAAACCCAUCACGUUUAAGAAGACGCCUAUGUUACCAACGACACGUCAUUCCUAUGAGUCCCCGGACAUUCAUGCCGGCUUUUUACAGCUGGUGUCGUCCUACACGCCUCUAGACGAGUCCUUCGUCUCGGCUUGGAAUGAGGGCUCAGAUCCGCGGGUCAGUGCGACGACCUACCUGGCUCUUCAGAAUCUUCUGGCGCAGCCUCCUUCCUUCCUCCAGCGAUCUCGUGCCACUACUCCAUCUUCAGACUCUGCGCCAAUCUUUUCUGCGCCAGUGACAGCAGCACCAUCAGUCUCGGGCUCUGACGAUGCCGACGAAGAGAUCAUUCUCUCGGAGCCAACCGCUAUUCAGAAGGCCGACCUACUAGUCACCCAACAAUGGCUGCGACUAAUCGUGUGGCAAGCUUCUUUCCGCCAAAGCUUACUGAGUUGGACGGCCCCACACGAGAGCAUGCAUUUUGCCUUCCCAUUGGCAAUCGCGCGCUCAACAGCUUCCGUCCUGCAGAGUCUUCCCAGUACCGCCGUCGAAGUCCAUGGCAUGGGAAUAUUUGAGAAGAUAUUUGAGAUCGGAACCUGGUGCAUGAAUGUGCUCGGUGCGAUCGACCGCGCCAGCGCUGCCGGAACCCCAAUCAGUGGGCUCGGUUCCCUAAGCGGCGGCUUCAUGGGGAUGGACUUCCUUCCCGGAAGCGGGGACCUUGGUGUUCUUGGCGUCAGUAGGAAAGGUGCCGCCAUUGACCCGCUUGAGUUCUUCGUUCGCACCCUCAGCGCAACACCCAACAGCAGAACGCAGUUUGCCGAAAGGCUGUUGAUGUUUGCACAGGAACGGCCCGGCGGGAUGAGAAUGGCGCUGACCCCUUCGCUCACCUCACCCGUCCUCGGGCCUGGAGGCUUGUCUUUGUCGUGGCUAACAGACUCAGCGACCGGCAACCAACAAAUAGGCGGCAUCCUUGGGGAGGUGGUCAAGGAUGAGCAAGAGCCAGACCCCGAUUCCGAAAUGUACUCAAUGGGUGGCAACCUCGAAGCCGGACAGUCGACCUCAGCAUUCCUCGGCGACCCGCUGCUCGAUCCUAGUAACGUCAACGCCUUCAGCACCGCCCUGAACAGCGUGGCUGCGGGGCAACGAUCCAUCCCGGCCUCGAUACCCUCGCUGGCAACCUCAGUGCCGCUUCCAGACUGGACCAGCGACGUCAAUGGAGGGCCCCAGCAGGACUGGGAAUAUGACCUGACCAGCCCCUUGGUCGAUAGUUUCAGUAACCAAGUCUCAGCCUACAACAGCGGGACAGGAACCCCGAUCGGGACGUUCACGCCCGGCACGUUCUCGAGGCAGGACUCCGGUGACAGUUUGUACCAGUAUCAGCAAAGGCAGCGACAGCAAUUCACGAGUGGGUUUAACAACGGUGGGAGCUCUAGCAGCAUCGGCAUGGCCAAUGAAUAG